UGCUCAGAACUGUUGUUCUACUUUAUUUGCAUUAUCACCUGAUGAUGAAGCUUUAACACAAUUAUAUGCUGCUACAAGACCUGAAAUUGUUGAAAAAAUUUAUUCAGCUCAAGAUGAGAAACAAGCCAAAAAUUGUGAAAAUACAGACACUUGCACAAGUAAUAGCACUCAGUUUUUUAAUAAUUUAUGCGUAAUUUUAUAA